GGGCCCAAGGACAUGAGCCAUCCUCUGCUGCUUCUCCAGACACAUUAGCAGGGAGCUGGAUUGGAAGUGGAGCAGCUGGGACUCGAACCGGUGCCCAUAUGGGAUGCCGGCACUGCAGGCUAGAACUGUAACCCACUGCACCACAGCGUCUGCCUUGAGAAAGGUUUGUGAAUCAGGAUCUGACAAUCAACGUCAUAAUAACAAUCGACAAACGAAUUGUGAGUAUUUUGUUGACAGCCUUUUUGAGGAAGCACAGAAGGUUGGUGCCAAGUGCUUAUCCCCCACUGAACAAAAGAAACAGGUAGAUGUAAGUAUAAAGUUAUGGAAAAACGGAUUCACAGUCAAUGAUGAUUUCAGAAGUUAUUCUGAUGGUGCAAGUCAGCAGUUUCUGAACUCCAUCAAAAAAGGGGAAUUGCCUUCAGAAUUACAGGGAGUUUUUGAUAAAGAGGAGGUAGAUGUGAAAGUUGAAGAUAAGAAAAAUGAAGUGUGCCUGUCAACGAAGCCUGUGUUCCAGCCCUUCUCAGGACAGGGCCACCGACUGGGAAGUGCCACACCAAAAAUUGUUUCUAAAACAAAGAUUCUUGAAGUUGAAAAUAAAAGUAAUUUGUCUACUGUUCCACUGAACAACUUGGAACCCAUCACUAAUGUACGGAUUUGGUUAGCCAAUGGGAAAAGGAUUGUCCAGAAAUUUAACAUUUCUCAUAGGGUAAGCCACAUCAAAGACUUCAUCGAGAAAUACCAAGGAUCUCAGAGAAGUCCUCCUUUUUCCCUGGCAACAGCUCUCCCCUUCCUCAGAUCACUCGAUGAAACGCUUACACUGGAAGAAGCAGAUCUGCAGAAUGCUGUCAUCAUUCAGAGACUCCAAAAAACUGUGGAACCUUUUAGAGAACUUCCAUAGUGUUGGUUUUUGAUAGACUGAGUGGAAAAUUUGCAGAGAAACGAUGGUUGUAAGUGGGCAUGCAAACCAAAGUGGAGAAAAAGAAAAGUCAGAUUUACUGGACUUUUGGUUUGAGCACUGUUUGACUCUCCUAAUGAGAAGAUGUUUAAAUAAGUGCAAGUUAGGAAAGUAACAUGUGACUGGAAACUAGAUUCAGUGUAUUUUCCUGAAGGCUACUCAGAAAGAAAAAUACAUGUAUUUUCUAAUACGAAUUCAUCAACAUAAGAUAUAUUAAAUAGCUGUAUUAGUUAGAAUCUUAAGACAGUAUAAAUUAGCAGAUAUGUCACAGCAUGUCAUUUAGACAUCACUCCCAAAUAGCAGGGAUUUAUCUAAAUGUUAGCGGUUUCAGAAUUUUUAAAUGGCAAUAUGUAAAAAAAAAUUAUAUAGGUCAGGCUAAAAGCAUCAGGGUAAUUAUUUCAUAACUUAGAUAUAAUCAAGACUGAAAGGACCUGUUUUCUACCACACCUAUGCCUACACAUCAUCAAAGUGUUCUCAGUUUUCAUUCUGUAAUGGCAGGAUAUACUCACAUAUAAUUUGACAACAGUAUCUAAGAUAUAUUUUCAUUUAAGGAGAAAAUUGUGUAGCUUAGUAUAAUGUAGGUACUAAUCUGCUUACUAAAAUUUCUACAUUUUCCUAAAACUUGUUUUUUAAAGUUUUCCCUCCAGAAACCCUACUUCAUCCCCUGUUUUCUUUUCUUUCAAAAAUUAGGGAUUUAUUUUUAUAGAAAAUUUGGGAUCAGUCAUUCAUUUACCAACACUCAGAAUCUAAUGGUCACAUUACUAAUUAAUGAGUAUUUUUAAAAUGUGCCACAUAGAGUGUGGUUUUCUAUUUCAUACAUCCCAGCCAAUCUGUGCAUACAUUAAAGGAUUAUUUAUUAUGUUCUGAUGUCACCAAGGAAAACAUGCUUUGUAUCUUAGAUUUUUAACUAAAGCCAGUAAGACUUUAUUUCACCAUCAAGAUUAAAUCCCCUUGCCUGAAAAUAAGUCUAAAAAGCUUUUGUGCAAAUUAUCUGUUAAGUCAAAUUUAAAUUUAAUGAAGUGUACAUUGAGUGUGCCAAUGUACACUGCAUCAGCAGUGACAUUCACAGGGUGCUGAAUGAGUGCUAAAAGCCACAGUUCUCAAAAUUUUUGGUCUCAAAACCUUUUAUUUAUGUGUGUUCAAAUAUAUAUAUAUAUAUAUAUAUAUAUAUACACACACACACACAUAUAUAUAAUUAAACAAAGUAUAAAAUAUAUUUUAAAAUAACUUGCAAAAGAAAAAUAAUAAGUAAAGUGGCAGUCCAUUUUUGCAAAUAUCUUUUCUGUUUGACAUAAAGAUUUGUAUGUCUGCUUCUACAUUCAAUGAGUUGGGAUCACACGUCAUAUAGCCUCUAAAAAACACUACUGUACACUCAUGAGUGACUAAAACAGAGGGAAAUGUUGCCUUAGUAUUAUUAUGAAAGUAAUCUUGAGUGGUUCUCAGGGACCCCCCAGGAUCCCUUGCCCACACUUUGAGGAUCAUCCCUAAAUCCUAGUGGUUCACAACGUUUCCCACCCAGCCCUGUCCCUGGGAUAGUUCCCAGUGGUUCACAACGCUUUUCAAGCCUUAGCUGUUCCUACUUCCCAGCCAGCCCUGUCCUGGGAUAGGUCCCAGGUCUCCGCACUUUUGAUCCUGAGUGAGGUGUGUGGUGCAAGAACCACUCUUCAGGAAAUCCUGUGCUGAGCUGCUUGGGCCAGAAACUAAAUCCUGUUUGUUGGACCUCUUGGGUUUUAUCCUUGUCCCCCAGUGUGCUUUUAGACACUAAACGUGGCAUAACCUGUGCUUUUUCUCCUGUAGCAUAGACGAGGCAAAGCUGGAACACUUGAAUGAGGUUUUUAGCAAAGACUCAGGAAUAACAAAAGGGAAUACAUUCAUGACUAAGCGACCUGGCUUAUAUCUUCUUUUGCACUGUUUUAAGAAUGCUUCCUUUCCCAACCGCCAGCUGUGCACAUGGUAGAAGUGUCUUUUUAUUAGAGAAAGGGGGAGGACAAAGGAAUGCCCUUUCCUGUCCUCUUUCGCCCUCAGGAAUGGACAGGUACAUAACUGAAAGGAAGUAUUUACUGUCGGUACUGUUUACACAGCAAUGCUACUGCCCUCUCUGUAGCGAAACAAAAAUGAUGACGUUCUGUAAAAUAGGAGAGGAUGGUAAAAAUCAGUGAACUUUCAGACCUAGGAAAUAUGAUUGUUGAUAUAUGUUCAGGAUCUGUAAGAAAGUGUUUCAUUCAGUCUUUUAUGAGACAUUUUCAUCUGCAUAGUUCUAAUCAGUACAUAAGUCCUCAUUUGUUUUUGUAAGGGGCCUCUCACUGAGACUGUUUCUUGUGUACCUUUAGGAGAGCCUCCAGCUUGUGAUUAUUUACAAAGACACAUGGGAGGUGCUCUCGUGUGGACCUAGAAAUAUACCCAGUGAGAGAUUCCUACAGAGAAAGAUGCAUCUUAGCAAUAAACCUUCAUUUUUUUUUAACUGUGAAAACUUUUCAUUAAUAUGAAUCAUAAUCUCAAAGGUUUUCUAAAGUAAUAAUCAUGUGAUAAUGCUUUUCACUUGAAAGUUUCCAAGUUGUAAAUUAAAUGUGUAGCAUACUCACAACAGAUUCACUUUGAAAAAUGUAAAUUGAUUUUGCCAAGGAAAGUAAGCAAGUGUCUUAGGUGGGGAAGGUGGUUUUUGACCAAACGGUUGUUUCAAAAUCAUCAUCAGUUCUUCAGAGUACUUGCUAGAGCUGAUAUAUAGAGACCCAGUUUUUUAUUUUACAAUUUCUGGUUUAGUGGCUAAAUUGCUAUGUAUUAUCAAGGUUAAAAAGCAGUCUUACUCUACAUCUCUCAUUCAGUCUUGUCAUGACGUUUCAGUGUGUCGAUAAUGUUUUCAUUUAUUUCAGUGCCUUAAAGUAUUUUGAAGUCUUUAGCUAAUGGUUUAAGAGCUGUUCUCCUCAGGAUGAAAUACUGUCCAUUUAAGAGAUCUGUGAAAUCAUUUAUGCUUGUUAGAAAGUCAUUACAUGUGAAUGCAUCUCUCACUUCUUUCUGGCAAAGUCAUUCAGUUGGAAAGUCAACAUUUAUUUGGUGCCUUUGCGUUAGCCAGUAUGACUUUAAUUUAACACCAAGAAAUGUAAAAGAUAAGAUAUUUUAAUAGCAACUCCGUAACAUUCUUUGUGUUUUGAAGUAGCAUGAAGAGUCUUUAGGGGAGUUUUAUUCCUUUGUUCUUUGUCUGCCUUGGUACAAACCAUUAAGUGAGAAACUGCUCACCACACUAAAUCCUUAAACAAAAGUGGCUUAUUCAGCAUGUUAACAUUUGGCUUUUUGUCUUUUGUUUUAAAUGUAUUAAUGUAUUAUUUUGGACACAAAUAAUUCAUAUCAAAAAUUAUAAAAUGCAGAUAUGCUAAAAUGCUCUUUAAAUCAUCUCUUACAGAGCGAUUCAGAGGUAGUCACUGCAGGUUGAGCGUCCCCAGGGGGAAAACUCAGAACUUGCUGAGCACCAGCAUCAUGCCACACAUGACCUCAAGUGACUGGGCCAUAGUGAGAAUGCAUGUGUGUGAAAAAUGCUGCAUAAAAUUACUUUCAGGCUGUAUGUGUAAGGUGUAUCUGAAACAUAAAUGAUUCUCAUGUUUAGAUUUCUCAUUGUUCAAUCAGCAAAAUCUAAAAAAAAAUCAUCCCAGAUUUAAAACACUUGUGGGCCCGGGCAUUCCGACAAGGACAAUUCAGCCCAUACUUUGGUGUGUAUCCUUUCAGUUGUUUCUCAGCGCACUGAUCGUUAGUUUUAUUUUCAUUAAAAGGCAACUGUCUUGGUUAAUUUAAUCCUGCUCUUUGAAAUCUGAUGUAUUUAUUUUAUUAGGAAUUGCCUGAAGAACACACUACCACUUUAAGUAGAAUAAUAGCUAUUGGGGGGAAAUGCCCUUAUUUUAAUAAUAUUUCUGUGAAAAAUGAAUUUUUUUACCACCUCCUUUUCAAAAUGAAGAUUGUGGUGAUACGACAGAGUACAAGCACAGGGGACAAAGUGUUUCCAGAUCUGAUGAAAGUGCACGUAGCGUGAGCUACUUAAGGAUGCAGUGUCCAAAGAGACUUCAAUUUGUUUUAUUUCAAAGGAAUUAAAUAUUCAUUCGCCACAUGCAUGAUCCAAUCCUUCCACUGAAAUCAAGGAAACGGAGGUGCCUAUUAAGGAACUGAGGCAUGGAAAAGGGAAUGGCUUACUCUGUACUGGGCAUUGUAUCCCUUAGGAUUAGAUUGAGCUGUGACAGAAAAUCCAAAAUAAUGGUUGAUUACAAAAUACAUUUUUAUGUUUUUCCCAUGCAGAAGUACAAAGGGAAGCAGGCCAGGCCUGGUAGGUUGUAUUUCUGAUUUACCUACCUCAUCCUAUGUUGACUGGAGGUCUCAAAACAGCUGCCCCAGCACCAACUGUUGUGUUUGCAUCCAACCAGUGGGAGGAGGCAUACUCCUAACCUGUUGUAGUUAAAUAGUUUUAUUAUGAUGUAAUUCACAUACCAUACAGCUCACCCACUUGAAGUGUACUGUUCAAUUCUCUAGCAUCUAAUUUUAACCACUUUCCAUGUCCUAAAACCCCAUACUCACGAGCAGUCCCUCGCUGUCCCCAUCCCCAGGCAGCCACAGGUCUACUCUGUCGAUUUGCCGUUUCUAGGCACAUUACAGAUGUGCAGUCUUGUGACUGGCUUCUUUGCCUGCUGUCUGUCUGCUUCCAUUUUGUUGCUCAGUAAUUGUCCAGGGGAUGCACACAACACACCUUUUACCUGCCCACAUGGACAUUUGGGUUUCCACGUUUUUGGCUGCUAUAUACUAUGUUCAGUAAUGCUGCUAAUGAGCAUUUGCAAGUUGCUAUGUGAACGUAUUUCUAUUUCUUGGAGGUACAGGCUGAGGAGUGGAAUUGCUGAUGGGGCCUGCGCUGUGGGUGCACCUCCAUCGAUGGGAAGUGGUACCUCAUUGUAGUUUAUCUAACGACUGAGCUGUUUUUGACAUGCUUGUUGUCCUUUUGUGUGUCUCUAGAGAAGGAUCUGUUCAAAUCCUUGGCUCAUUUAAAAAUUGGAUUGCCUUUCUAUUGAGUUUGCUGUCCCAGUACAAAUCCCUUUUACUCUGGAAAUGGUUCCCCCAUUCUGUGGGUGGUGUUGCACACAGGUGAAGUUUUGUUGCGGUCUAGUUUGUAUCUGUGGUUGUGUAAGAAACGGUGGUUUAACCCAUUUUCUGAGGACUUGCUCCUGUUCUGAGAGUUUUAUAGUCUUGGCCUGUUAUGUUCACAUAUGCGGUACUUCAAUUCCUUGUUGUGCGGUGCGUUGCGGCGCGGCGUUUUCCCCUUUAAGGUAUUUCUGGGCCGUUGCAUUUCCCUCUGGCUGCAGCUUAGUUUCGGGUGUAUGGCUCAGGUCCCGGGCAUCAGGUUUAGCCAUAAUCCUGGUCUGAACAGCUGAUGUUAUUUGCCCGUUUUUACCCGUGGGGACCUAGGGGGAGGGUAGAGCAGCACCCCCCUCAGGGCCCCGCCCACCCGACCCCAAGAAAAAUGAUCCCAAGGGACUUGCGAGCCUUUCUCCCCAGCAAAUUCUGGUUUCCAGCUGUUUCCCCUCGGAUAGA